GCCGCGCGGGGUCCGGCCAUAUGCUAUAAAGGCGGCGAGGGCGCAGCCGGCUCCAGACUCACGAUCGCCGCGCAGCGUCCGGCCAGGUCCGCUCCGCGCAGCGCCAUGAGCCAGCUCAGCUCCAGUGAGUCCCCGGCCCCCAGCCAGGCUCCCGGCAGUCAGGAGAAAGCCAAAGCCGGGAACACCAAGAAGGUGGAGGAGGAGGAGGAGAUCGACAUUGAUCUGAACGCGCCUGAGACCGAGAAGGCUGCGCUUGCCAUCCAGGGCAAGUUCCGCCGCUUCCAGAAACGGAAAAAGGACCCCAGCCCCUGAGCAGCUCCCCUGCCCCCUUCCCACAGCCCCCUCCCCCGUGCUCCCCUCUUCCAGCACAGCCCGGAUUACCCUCGGUUUGCUCGCUCCUGCCCCAGCCCAGUUGGGCUGCUGGUAUUUUGCACGUUCUAUGUACCUGGUUUCGGGGGAUGUGGGGUGCCCCGGCCGCAGCUGCAUCUACAUGCCGAGCUCCUGCCUGGGAAAGCGGAGCCUCCUCUGCAUAUAGCCAUGGUGAUGGCACGGCAGGGUCCUGGUGCCACCCUCACAAAGCCAUGAAGGGGCCAGGGGCCCCAGGAUGCACAGUGCCCCCUGGGGCCUCAUGCAGGCGGCCAGGGUGGAGGCAGCCCAGGGAGAGGUCUUCUCCAAGGCCGCCUACCCCGUUUGCAGGAAUUCAGAGCCAGCCAGAUGUAGCUGCCCAUCGAUGUGGGCCAAGUGGACUCCAGCCCCACAAGGUUUGCUGCUGAGCAGCCCCAUGCUGAGUGGACACCUCUGAGCCACCCUCACCCUGUCCUAAGGGGGCCCUGCUCCUGCGCUCCUCACACUCCAUCCUGGGCAUCGCCCCAGCUGCACCCCAGAGGGGGCGAGUAGAGUCUAUGGCUAGGCUGGGUGUGGUGGGUGCUACAGGAUAGCUACAGUGCCUGGUCAGCACCCAUAGGACCAGGCCUGCAUUGCAGCUAACCAAGGCAGGACCCACCAAAUCUCCAGGCUUCCUGGGGCCCAGGACUGGAGGGAGAAGCAAGGCCACCUCCCCCCCCAGCUUUUCUUAGGCAACAUGGGGGCUAGGGGCAGCUGGUGACCCCCGGUGCUAUGGCUAGUGGUGGGGCGGGGCAGGAGAGGGGAGAAUGUCCAGGUUUUGAUCUACUCGGGGCCAGGCACAGAGCUACUGCCCUGGGCCCCACAUAGUGAGCACAGGGUGUGUCAGCACCCUGAAGACCCCUGCUGCCUCGUGUGGAACAAGGGAGACCCUGCCCCUCCCAUACUGAGAAUGGAGGCUCCGUUCCUCCACUGGGAACUGAGGAUUCCCUUUCCCUUCCUCCUCUGGGAACAGUGGUGACCUCCUUUUCUCCCCCCCCCCCCCCUCCCC